AUGGAUCCUUUCAGCUCCGAAGGCGAGCUCGUCAACAUCCAUACCGCCUUCAUCCAGGGCCAAUACCAAAAUGUCCUCGACGACUUCGACGCUUCCGACUUCUCCGACAGCAACAAACUCCCCAUCCAGAUCCUCCGAUACCGCGCCCAAUGCGCCCUCGGCCGAUACGAUGAAGUCCUGAGCGCCAUCAGCGACAGCGACGCCAAACGCACCCCGGACCUCGCCGCCGCCAGACUCCUCGCCGCCUACUCCCAGAAACCCAGCGAGAAACUCGCCGCCGAAGCCGAGAGCCUCGCAGCUUCGUCCGGCGACAACCUCACCGUGCAACUCCUCGCCGGCACCGUGCUCGCGCGCGCCGGGAACUCCGAACAAGCACUCGCCCUCCUCUCCAAACACCAAGGCUCGCUCGACGCCGUCGCGCUCCUCGUCCAGAUCCACCUCUCCCAGAACCGCACCGACCUCGCGCUGAAGGAGGCCCGAAGCGCGCGCAGCUUCGCCCAGGAUGCGCUAUUAGUCAACCUCGCCGAGAGCUGGAUCGGCGUGCGGCAAGGCGGCGACAACUACCAGAAGGCAUACUACGUGUUCGAGGAGCUGGCCGGCGCGCCGAGCUCGUCGUCGGCGGCCUCGUUGGUCGCACAGGCCGUGAGCGAACUGCACUUGGGCCGGACGGAGGAGGCGCAGACGGCGCUGGACCAGGCGUUGGCGCUGGAGCCGGAGAACACGGCGGCGUUGGCGAACAAGAUCGUCCUCGAGACGAUUGUGGGGAGGGAUACACAGGAGUUGGUGCAGACGCUGCAGAAGGCGGAUCAAGAGCAUGAGUUGUUGGUCGACCUGGCGGCGAAGAGGGAGGCGUUCCAGGCGGCGUUGGCGAAAUACUCGCCCAAGUUUGUUUCAUAG